CAGUCUCAGGAUCUCUAGCUGCUCACAGUGACCCCAGAAAUGUUGAAAGUCUCUUUUCCAACCCUGAGUGCUUGAAGAAUGAGUUGGAGCUCUUCAGUUCUCGGUCUCAAGGUUGUUUAUUGUUUCUUAUCUAUAAAAGAUUCUUUCUCCUGCCCUGCCAAGGUCUGUCUGGCAGGACAGUUCCAGGCACUCUCCCUGCCCCCGGCUGGUGUUAUGUCUUUAUACUAAAAACUACAGGUACAAUGUUUACAAUUCCUUCUCAAUACGUAUCACCUAUGUUGGACAGUGAGCUUCUACUCUAAACCAAUCCAAAAGUGCCAACAUCACCCAGAAGAUGGAGGCCAAGAAGAAGAAGGAGAAAGGCUGGACACACCCAGUUCCCUCCAUCUUGCCCCCCUGAACCCCCAUUCUAAAAACCCCAAAAUCUGCUUUUUCACCCCGUGAUAACUUCACUAUUAUUCUACUUAAACUGUUGUGGCUUGCUGAUCUUCAUCUAAGGUUGGUAAAUUUUUUCAUGGGUCAUAAUCAAGCCCACAGAUGUUUUGGGCUCUGUGCCUGCCCCUCUGGAGUUUAACCCUGCCUCUCUGGAGCCCAGGCAGGGAUGUAAAUACCAAAAACCCUGUUUUCUGUGGGCACCUCAGCCAGCAGAUGGCAAUUAGGAAAUGGGGUGUCCCAGGGAUGCUGCAGCUUCCCAAAAUGGGAUGCUGGGGGACAGGACCACAAUCCUGGGCUCUUCCCUGGUGCCCAGGGCAUGGUGCCACCCUGCUGUCCCUCUGGAGGGCACCAGCAGACCCUGCCUGUGCCAGGGGCAGCAGGGACCUCGUGGCACCUUUGCCAGCAGCAAAGGGCACUGCAGGCUUCUCUCCCCGCGCAGGAAAUAAAAGAUGUUUAUUCAUCUUUCCAUCCUCCCCCGGCCUCCGUACGUGCUACAACUGCUCCGUGAAAAGGCAGGGCGGGCUGCAGCCGAGGCUGAGCAGGCCCACGAUGCUGCUUUGCUAUUUAUAAAGGCAGGGUGGUGAUGCUGGAGGCGUGCAGGAGCGGGGGCCGAGGGGAUCCUCUCUCUACAACUGCUCCAUAGAAAGGCAGGGCGGGCUGAGCAGGCCCACGAUGCUGCUCUGCUAUUUUAACAAGGCAGGGCGGGCUGCAGCCGAGGCUGAGCAGGCCCACGAUGCUGCUCUGCUAUUUCGGGCUCUCAGGGUGGUGAUGCUGGAGGCGUGCAGGAGCGGGGGCCGGGGGGAUCCUCUCGCCGCAGGGAUGCGGGGGCAGCCGGCAGCCUCGGGACGGGUUCAAGCUGCUUGUGCUGCUGCCUCCCCCUCCUUCCUCCUGCUGCUCAGCCAUCCCCGCUCGCCCCCCCAGCGCCGGCACAAAGGCCUUGUGCGUGCAAACAGCAGCAGGGGGAGGAAAUCUCUGCGUGAAUAAAUGUUCCUUGAGCGGGCAGGGUUUGUUUUCCUAGAAGCACUGAAUGGUUCGGGUUGGAAGGGAGUGUGAAAAAUCAUCUGGUUCCAUAGGCAGGGAUGCCUUUCACUAUCCCAGGGGGCUCUGAGCUCCAUCUAGCCACAGCUUCUCUGGGAAAUCCAUUCAGGGCCUCCCCACCCUCACAGGGGAGAAUUCCUUCCCCAUAUUGAGCCUGAAUUUCCCCUCUUUGUUUGAAGCAGAUGACAUUUCCCUGUCAGGGCCUGGUCAGAGCUGGCAGGGUCGCUGUCAGCACAGGGUGCUUGAGCUGCGGUGGCUCCCACAGGGAUCACCCAGGGCUAAAGCCUGCAUUGAAGCCUUAAGUCUGAGCUUUCAUAUUUUCCACAUUCUGUGCUGCAUUGGUUUGUAACUCUGAGCUUCAUAUGACGUGUCAGCAGUUCUCCUCACAGCUCAGGCACACAGAGCAAUCCUUUUCCAGCCCCAGAACCAAGCUGCAGCUCCAGGCCCAAAAAGUGCCAACAGCAGGGAAUUGAGGAGAGCAAACUGGGAGGGUGGCACUGCAGAACAUGGAGCUGGGAUUGGACAAUGAACCCCAAUAUGGACAUGGACCAAAGCUUAUAAAAGUCUGAAAACUCGUGACUCACUGUCCAUCUUGGGUCCACCUUAGGUUCAUCUUGCGUCCAUCUUGGAUCCACCUUGGAUCCAUUUUGGGUCUAUCUUGUGUCCAUCUUGGGUGCGUUUUGGAUCCACCUUGUGCCCACCUUGUGCCCACCUUGGUUCCAUUUUGGGUCCACCCUGGCUGUGGCUCUUUCCCUGCCCAAGGUGCCUCCUUUGAAGCCCAUUUACCAAAUCCCCCCCGUUUCCCCUGUACCCCCGUGCACCCCGCAGCCCCCUCCCGCCGUUAACCCUUUGUUUGCCCCUUUGGCAGAGGCGGCGGGAGGGCGCUGCCCCCGCCGGUGCCCGCCACGGCCAUGGAGGGGGCAGUGCAGCUGCUGAACCGCGACGGGCACAGCAUCUCCCACAACUCCAAACGCCACUACCACGACGCCUUCGUGUGCAUGAACCGCAUGCGGCAGCGGGGGCUGCUCUGCGACAUCGUCCUGCACGUGGCCACCAAGGAGAUCAAGGCCCACAAGGUGGUGCUGGCGUCGUGCAGCCCCUACUUCCACGCCAUGUUCACAAAUGAGAUGAGUGAGAGCCGCCAGACCCAUGUGACGCUGCACGACAUCGACCCGCAGGCGCUGGAGCAGCUGGUGCAGUACGCCUACACGGCUGAGAUCGUGGUGGGAGAGGGCAAUGUGCAGACCCUUCUCCCUGCUGCCAGCCUGCUUCAGCUCAAUGGUGUGAGGGAUGCUUGCUGCAAGUUCCUGCUCAGCCAGCUGGAUCCCUCCAACUGCCUGGGCAUCCGGGGCUUUGCUGACACCCACUCCUGCAGCGACCUGCUCAAGUCUGCCCACAAGUACGUGCUCCAGCACUUCGUGGAGGUGUCCAAGACUGAGGAGUUCAUGCUGCUGCCCCUCAAACAGGUGCUGGACCUCAUCUCCAGCGACAGCCUCAAUGUGCCCUCGGAGGAGGAGGUGUACAGGGCUGUGCUCAGCUGGGUCAAACACGACGUGGACAGCAGGAGACAGCACGUGCCCAGGCUGAUGAAGUGCGUGCGGCUGCCGCUGCUGAGCCGGGAUUUCCUGAUGAGCCACGUGGACACGGAGCUGCUGGUGCGGCACCACUCCGAGUGCAAGGACCUGCUGAUCGAGGCGCUCAAGUACCACCUGAUGCCCGAGCAGAGAGGGGUGCUGGGCAACAGCCGCACGCGGCCGCGCCGCUGCGAGGGCGCCAGCACCGUGCUCUUCGCCGUGGGUGGAGGGAGCCUGUUUGCCAUCCACGGGGACUGCGAGGCCUACGACACGCGCACGGACCGCUGGCACAUGGUGGCCUCCAUGUCCACGCGCCGCGCCCGCGUCGGCGUCGCCGCCAUCGGGAACAAGCUCUACGCCGUGGGAGGCUACGACGGCACCUCUGACCUGGCCACCGUGGAGUCCUACGACCCUGUCACCAACUGCUGGCAGCCCGAGGUGUCCAUGGGCACCAGGAGGAGCUGCCUGGGGGUGGCAGCCCUGCACGGGCUCCUCUACGCUGCCGGGGGCUACGAUGGGGCCUCGUGCCUCAACAGUGCCGAGAGGUACGACCCGCUGACGGGCACGUGGACGUCCAUCGCUGCCAUGAGCACCCGCAGGCGCUACGUGCGCGUGGCCACGCUGGAAGGCAACCUCUAUGCAGUGGGGGGCUACGACAGCUCGUCACACCUGGCCACGGUGGAGAAGUACGAGCCCCAGAUGAACACCUGGAGCCCCAUUGCCAACAUGCUGAGCCGCAGGAGCAGUGCUGGCGUGGCCGUGCUCGAGGGGAUGCUCUACGUGGCCGGGGGCAAUGAUGGCACCAGCUGCCUUAACUCCGUGGAGCGCUACAACCCCAAAUCCAACACCUGGGAGAGCGUGGCCCCCAUGAACAUCCGCAGGAGCACCCACGACCUGGUGGCCAUGGACGGCUGGCUCUACGCCGUGGGCGGCAACGACGGCAGCUCCAGCCUCAACUCCAUCGAGAAGUACAACCCGCGCACCAACAAGUGGGUGGCGGCCUCGUGCAUGUUCACGCGCCGCAGCAGCGUGGGGGUGGCCGUGCUCGAGCUGCUCAACUUCCCCCCGCCCUCCUCGCCCACGCUCUCCGUGUCCUCCACGAGCCUUUGACAGCGGGCCCGGCCGUGCCCCGGGGCCUGGGGACAGCGCCUGAGCCAGCCCGGCCCUGGGGGGGCCCUGGGGACACCCAAGGGGGCACCAGCUGUGCUCCCAGGAGGGCACAGGGG